GUCGUAAACCGUCUCUUUCUCUGCCGGUUCGGUCGGAUCUCUCUCUCUCUCUCUCUCUCUCUCUGUGGAACUCCAUGGAACCGCCGGUCCCUCGAGCUCUACCGCCGCUCGCUCCCUCCCCGACCGCCGCCAAAGCGCCGGACGCGACGGCCGCGAGCAAAACAACCAGAGACAGGGAUUUCCUCCUCCACCUCGAGGCCUACCUCGCCAAGCGAGACGGCGUCGACAAGGCCCUCAAGAUCUCCAGGUACGCCGCGAAGAUCGUCCUCGCCUCCUCCCUCCUCCCCGAGACCCUGCCCCUCCACCGCCGCCUCAAGAGCUUCGAGUCCAGCGUCGGCCUCAGCCGCAAGGCCUUCCGGUUCGGCAAGUUCGUCCAGGACGUGAACGCUUUCCGAGCCUCGCCCCUCGACUCCGGGCAGGACCUGAUUCUCUCCCUCAUCGCCUACGGCGGCGAGGGGAUAUACUACUUCGUCGAGCAGUUCGUCUGGUUGGCGAAAUCGGGCCUCAUCGACGGCCGCCACUCGCGCCUUCUGUCGAAGAUCAGCGCGUGGGCGGAGUUCGUCGGCUACGUCGGGAGCGUGAAUCUGAAAAUUAGGGAUUUGAGGAUGUUGCGGGAGGACGAGGCGUGCGUCGAGUCCAGCAUCGAGAUCGCAACGUCGAGGGGGGUUGAUUGCAAGGACGAAGAAUUGAAGUUGAGGAAGUUGAGGGAGAAGAAGUUGAUGAAGAAGCUGUCCAUAAUUCAGGACCUGGCUGAUGGGCUGAUGGCCUUGGCCGACAUUAGGGACGGGAAGGGGCGGCUCUCGGGUCCGCUUUUGAUGUCGUGCGCGGGGCUCGUGUCGGCCCUGAUUAGCACUCAUAAGAACUGGGUGUCUUGUUGAUCCUGCUGCGACUUUGCAUAGUGAGUUUGAGCUGCUUUCUUUCAUUAUAAUGGCGAUCACUCAGAUUCUUGUUUAGAGAAUUUGACAGGGCAUAUGGCAGAGAAGGACUAGGAAUUGGAAUUGGAAUUUGAAACGAAAGUGAAAUACAAAUAAGAGAGGCUUUUGUGCUUCACCAUCAUUUUGAUGAAGGCGUGGUGGAUUUUAUCUAUUUAUUUGAUGGGUUCUGAUUCUGAUGUGCAAACUGAAAUGUCAUUCUCGAGCAAAUAGGCACAAUUGCGAUGUCCUUUUAAUUUCUUUGUCAAGUAUGCUAAGAGUCUUGCAAAUCAAGCAGGCGAGGAUGAUGACAUUGACAUAGCAUUUCAAUCUCAAAUCCUCAGUCUGAGCUUAUAUUUCAGAAUUUGACCAAGACUGUUGAAGUCGAAUCAAAUCAAAGGAAGGGGACUGCAAAGUUCCUUCUGGAGAUCCCUGAGAAACAAUGGUUUGAAGUCUCAGGUCUAUCUCUCUGUAGGAACUUGACAAACUUAUCGAAACUAGCGCUCUUUGAAUGAUGUUUCUGUAGGCAGUGGGUUGAUCUCUCUGUAGGAAGGAACUUGGCAGAUUAUCAAAACCAGCGGUCUUCAAAUAAUGUUUCUGUGAGCUGUAGAUUAUAUGGACUUGCAGAAAGAAGCUGGUUUUGAGUCAUUUGCUGCAACACUGACUAUUAUCUGUAACUUGGUGCUCUGGAUCUUGAGUACUCUUCCGCAAGCUAUGCACUGCCCCCCUUCAUUGA